AUGAGUUAUUCGUCUAAUGCAAACAGAAAUUCCAAUAGACAAUCAACAGAAUCAACUAAUUGUUUAUCAUCAUGUAUAUCGAGUCCUGGAGAACAACAAGGAUGUGAUAGUGAGAUUGAAAAAAUAACACCAUCAUCACCAAAAUCAGAUUCAAAUACAUUUAUUGGAAAAGAUAGACUUCUUGAACAAUUUAAAAAACAAUUUAAACAAUUUGAAGAAUGGAAUCAACAACGAGAUUGGCUUGCAUUUCAUCAUCAUCAUUAUGAUUGGUGGAUGUUUCCCAUUAAUGAAAUCAGUAGUCGAGGUUCAACUUAUCAAUUAACCGAUGCUGUGAUAAAUGAUCUAAAAAACAAUGAAGAAUUUAUUCGUGAUCUUCGUCGAGGUGUACGUCUAAUGGUUCGAAGUUGGGGUUGGGAUAUUGAUAAAGGUCAAUUAUUUGAUAAAUUAGAAGAUAAACAAAAAUGGUCCUGUUGGCCAGUUCGAUUGUAUAAAGCUGGUAAAUGUAUGUGGUUAUUUGAUCAAAUAGAUUAUUAUCAAUCAUUAAAAAAAUUAGCAUAUCAUGUUAAAGAAAAAGAAAAAGAAAAACUUGAUUUUUUUUCACAUACAAAAAAUGGUAAAGCUGAUGUACUUGAACAAUGGAAUGAAAUGGAACGAACGAAAAUUUUUUAG